AUGUUACAAUUUCUUGCCGCGCCAGUAGGCGAAGGCCUCAGCUUCGAGACAGCAAUAUGCCCUUCAGAGGAUGGCGACGGCGAAGAGGGGCUGCUUGUUGCAGUACUAUUUUACCAAGAUAUUCACUUUCAAUUUCAUCACUUGCUCUUCUUGGUUAUAAUGAUGGUUUUUCCACUAACUCUGAAACUGAAUAAGGACCUCAAUCACUUCUCUUUCCCGUGUUCUUCUUGAUGGUAGUGGUACAUGUGCUAUCCUCAGACUUCAACUACACCAUGUACAUUUCACAACCACGUGCUUACAACAGCAACGGAAGGAAAGCGCGAUUGCAGAUGCCAGGAUAUCAAAGGUCGCGUUUAUUGAAAAUCUGGUGAGCAAAAGUGAAGGCCGCUUUUUCGAAUUCAAGGUGGAGCAUUGUCUCAGUGGAUUUAUACCUGGCCUUGCGGUCGGCUUCAGCAGUGUAGAUCCCACAGGUGAUGGCUUCCCCGUGCCAAGACGAGCCUGCGAAAUGGACGAUACUGUUGUCGUCGGAUACACUGGUACUGAUGAUAAUGAUUGUGAUUCUAACUUUGUUUAAUAAUUAUUAUACGAUGUAAGUAGAAAUAUUAGAAGAUGUAGAUGCCUUUAUCUUUAUCAAGAUUAUUUUUGGCGUUACAACAACUUAUGUUGAUUUUGAAUGUUGUCAAUGUCAUUUAAUAUAUUUGACGCCGCUCCUCGUCAUGGUCAUGGUAUCAUUUUCUUGAGCUUUCUACUUAUUGGUGUUUUCGCCCCCGCAUCCGCCCCAUGGAUCGUUUCACUCCGGCUAUUCACACAUUGCUCCAAGGUAAAGUGUACCUGGCGUCUGGGGAAAAGAACUACCCAGUGAAGUGGAAUCCGGGAGAGUGCGUUGUGGCGAGGGGUCAUGACAGGAUCGGUUGCCUGCUUACGACUGGUGGUGAGCUAGUGGUGUACCACAACAAGGCAGAAGUGGUCCGAUACAAACCAAGAAAAACCGACGGCGACCUGUCUUUCCUGCUGAACGCAUCAACACUCUACGGUGUAGUGGAUGUCUACGGAGGAACACAACGUACAAUUUGAUUUUUUUGUAACAAUUCGAAAAGAAACUUUAUUGACAAACCACGAAGUACAGAUAUUCGUAUUUGGUUGUCGAGAUACAAAUACAAUUUCGUCCUACUUGUCUCUGCGAACAUCAUAGAAGAACAAAGUAGUCAGAAGCUUAUACGGAAAAAAAUAGUUAGAUUCCUACUUUCUGAAUGAACAGGUCUUCGGCUAAAUCCAGCGGCGAAUGUCGUCUCUCCCGUGGACGAACCUGACGCUGAAGAAGAGGGUGGCUAAGCCCAACGGACCUGCUGCAUCGACUUUACCACUACAUUCAUCGCAGUACGCUUGACAUUGCCAAGGCCUUCGACAGAAGUAUGCCUGUGCUUGACUUUGACAUUGAAUUCACCAGGUAGGUGGUGAUGGUGUUGAUUGUUAAUGUUGAAACCUUGGUUAAACUCCUGGUUUGAUAAUGAUAAACCUUCGACCUAGUUGUAUCAGUGUCUACCCACUCCCAUUUACGCAUUGUCUUUGAGACGGUGACGCGCUAAACGCUGCACCUGGUUAUCGACUCCUAUUCCUAGAUCGCACAGAAGAAAAUCUAAUUCACGACAAGUAAUAC